AACACUUUCCUUCGUGAUUUAGGGAGACUGAAGGGUCACUGAUGCGAGCAGUUGACUUGGUAUUUGCAGAUCAUCUGGGAAAACCACAAGCUCUGCCAACAACAAUCAAUGGACACUACCAUCACAACCGUUGAUCCCUCCUCUGUAUCUUCACCCUCUUCCUCGAAACAAUGGAAGCACGACGUGUUCUUGAGCUUUAGAGGCGAAGACACGCGCCGGACCUUCACCGACAACCUCUACUGGACAUUAAAAGACAACAAAGUCAACGUCUUCAUUGACGAGAACGAACUUCCAAGAGGAGAAAACAUAACAGAUGAACUGGUGGAAGCGAUCAGACGGUCCAGGAUGUCCGUCGUCAUCUUCUCGAAACGGUACGCGGAAUCCGGAUGGUGCCUUGAGGAGCUGGAGAAGAUCAUGGAGUGCAGAAGAACACUUGGGCAAAUUGUUCUGCCAAUAUUCUACAACGUCGAUCCGACGGAUGUUAGGAACCAGACUGGUACUGUUGCAGAAGCAUUUCAGAAGCAUGCAGAGCGCUUCCAUGGAGAUACAGAUAAAGUCCAGAGGUGGAGGUCUGCUUUUACUGAAGCUGCAAAUUUGUGUGGUGGGAACCUUAGAAACACUGAUGG